AUGGGCGACUACGUACAGGGCACCGAUGAUAUAAACCUCGAUACCUUCGAAGUUACCAGAGAACACUGGCAUACGAGUCAGAAAGGUGACCAGCUACCUGACCCCGAACAAUUCGGGAUAGACCUCACUACACCACCGAAUCGAUGGCAAGAUUGGAUAGUGAAGUUAGUAUUUGAAAAGUUGGGGAUUGAAAAAGAGGGCAGCGGUUUUUAUAUCAAUAUCCCUAAUGCGAAAUUUGAUGUUAUUCUCACGGCUGGACACAACCUUGUUGACAGACGACGACAUCACAGCUCCAAUAUCAGAAUUAUACACGACCCCCAUACGAAAGAAGAUAUCCACGUAACACCUCAGAUGAUUCACGUUUGUGAUAGAUACUUCGAUGACCCCGAUGAAGACCAAGCCAUAUAUGAUUACGCCGUCAUUCUCUUAGCGCGGGACAGAAAGGCCCGGCAUCGCGGAUUUGGUUUCAAUCUUAUGCUAGGCCUCACACCACCACCAGGAGAUACACCAGUUCCCGUAGAUGAGGAGGAAAGUGAUAUACUUCUAGGCAGUUCGGUAUAUGUUAGCGGAUACGUCCCCGAUAACUCGCCGCCUAAGAAGCACCCAAGCAGAUCAGAGGGCAAAUGUAUUAGAACUUAUACUCAACAACUACAUUACAAAGCCAAGACCGAGCCAGGUAUGAGUGGUGGCCCUGUGUGGAUAGGAUUUCGCGGUGUCGAGACGGUGGUAGCCAUUCACAAUUAUGGAGCAGAAAACGAAAGCCAGGGGAACAAAGGCUCGCGAUUGAAUCUCAGCAUCCUACGUACCAUAUUUGGAUGGGUGAAUGUUGGCUGGUACGACAAGGCACUCUAUUAUCGCGCACCGCGACCUUACACAAUGCAUCUUCAUGUGGCGCGUGCGCACCCACUGGAUAAUGAUACUGCUAACGAUGGGCGGGUUCGAGUGGGAAAGCCUGGAAUGGUUGAGACAAGGUUCGAUAUCCUCCCUGUGGCGGCGAAUCCAACUAUCGCCGAGUUGAAUGCUAGCUAUGGAUUCAUUCUUCGCUCCACAAACCCUAGCCCCGGACCCGCGACUUUGGAUUGGGUGAGAUGGGAUCCUAAGAAGAAUAGGAUAUCGCCUGUAAAACGCUUCGACGCAUUAUGCGAGGUCAUGAUUCCCCAACUAAUCAUUCAACCUAACAAACCAUUCACGAUAAAAGUCCGAAAUGGAAAUGAUAUGAAACAAGUGCAAAUGAAGAUGGAACGCCUAGACGAGGCUGAUCUCGAGCAGUUAGAUGAUAGUCCACAUAAUUACGAGGAUACAUGGGAGAUUUCGUUCGUGCCAAUUAAUGCGGCCAAGGUGCGUUGCAUUUCACCCCUCUAGAUCCUGAAGCGACGGUAUUCUGACGAGUUUCUUAGCCCUUCGAAUUGAGAUAGUUGGGCAUCGCUAU